AUGGAGAAACUAAAAGGUCCCGGCGCUGGAUGCAGCACGGGCACCUGUGGAUGGAGAGCCCUGCUCCUCCCGCAGCUGAACCGGCAGUCGCUGUACGUGUACGGCAGCGAGAUGGCCGUGGAGAAGGAGUGCAUGCGGCAGCUGCAGAGCGGAGUCUUUGUCAUCCACCCGUUCAGCCUCAUGAGGAGUUACUACAUCAUGUGCAUGAUGGCCAUCACAUUCCUCAACCUCAUCGGGAUUCCCAUGGAGAUAGCGUUCCUGGAUGGGAACAGCGGGCUGGCGUGGGAAGGCUUUAACGUGUUUUCGGACACGCUGUUCCUCAUCGACGUGGCUCUGAACUUCCGCAUGGGCAUCAUAGCGGAGGACAGCGAGGAAGCUAUUCUGGACAUCAAGCGGAUCCGAGUCAGUUACCUGAGGACGUGGUUCAUACCGGACGUCAUCGCCGCCUUCCCCAUCGGCUACAUUCUGCUGUUUGCGGACCUACAUUACCACAACGACGACAACCCCUCCAAGACCAACAAGAUGAUGAGGAUCCUGAUGUUCGUGCGGAUCCUCAGCUUGAUCCGUCUGGCUCGGGUUUCCCGUCUGGUCAGGUUCUUCAACGAGGUGGAGAAAGUGUCUAAUGCAAACCUGGAGGUGGUCCGCCUCUUCUUCCGCGUCUUGUCUCUGUUCAUGAUGAUCUUCCUGCUGUGUCACUGGAACGGAUGCAUCCAGUACUUUGUGCCGAUGCUGGAGGAGUUUCCCACCGACUGCUGGGUCCGGAAGGAAAACCUGAUGAAUGCUACGGUGAUAGUGAAGUACUCCUGGGGAGUUUUCCGAGCUCUCUCCCAGAUGAUCGCCCUCUCCUACGGCUCCAUGGACGCUCCAACAAAUUACGUGGAGAUGUGGAUCGUUAUGGUCAGCAUGGUGUCGGGCUGUCUGAUGUACACCGUCCUCGUGGCCAACGCUACUACGAUGAUCGCCAACAUCGACCCGGCCGCCAAGGAGUACAAGAGCAAGAUGAGCCGUCUGGAGCACUACAUGGCCUUCAUGAAGCUCCCACCAGAGCUGCAGCUUCGUAUCAGCAACUACUACCAGGCUCGAUACGGAGGGAAGUGGUUCCAUGAGAAGGACGUCAUGGAGACGGUGUCCUCUGCGCUCAAAGAGCAAAUCCUGAUGGUGAUGUGCAGCCGGCUGCUGAGAAAAGUGCCAAUGUUUCAGACCCGAGACGAGAACUUCAUCAACGCCGUCCUCUUCAAGCUGGAGUACGAGGUCUUCCUGGAGGGCGACGCCAUCAUCCGACAGAACGUCCCGGGCGACCGCAUGUUCUUCAUCGACCACGGCCAGGUCCUCAUGGAGACCGACUCCUACGAGAGGGAGCUGUGUGACGGAGACUUCUUCGGGGAGACGUGCGUGCUGACCAGAGGCAAACAUCUGGCCACGGUGAAGGCGCUGACUGACUGCCAGUGCUUCUCUCUGUCCUGGGACGACUUUCAGGAGGUGCUGGAGGGCUUCCCGGAUGUCAAGAUGGACUUAGAGAAGUUGAUCCAGCUGGACUCUGAUGAUGGACUUGUGUGA